AUGUCGUCUCUAAUCACCCGCCCUCACAUCUUCACCCCUCCUCGCAUCUUCACCGACCUCACACGUUUACCUGCCCUCGUAUCUUCACCCCUCCUCGCAUUCUCACCCUCACCCGCCCUCGCAUCUUCAAGCCUUCCUGCCAUUCCUAUGGAUGGAUAUGGAUAUGGGGAAAUUGAUGAGGAAGAAGAGGGGACUAAUGAAGAAGGAGGUGAGCCUGGUCUUGAGGAGGCCAACGAUGAGGUGGGACCGGAGGAUGGUGAAGAUGAUGCUGUAGAUGAGUAUGAGGGGUACACAGAGCUCUAG